ACCCCUCACCUUCACCAACCCAGACCACAUCAAAACAGAGUUGUUCACACAUCCCCAAUCUCCAAUCCCCACCAAAACCAACCAUGGCCGCCACCACCUUAUCCCUCCUCCCCCCCGCGUCCCUCCGCCGCCGCGUCCACCUCCGCCCCAAAUUCUCAAUCAAAGCCUCCGCCCCCGUCCUCACCCAAGACGACCUGAAAAAGCUCGCCGCCGACAAGGCCGUGGAGUACGUGAAGAGCGGCAUGGUCCUGGGCCUCGGCACCGGCUCCACCGCCGCCUUCGUCGUCGACAAGCUCGGCGCCCUCCUCCAAUCCGGCGCCCUCUCCGACAUCGUGGGCGUCCCCACCUCGAAGCGCACCCAGGAGCAGGCCCUCUCCCUCGGCAUCCCCCUCUCCACCCUCGACGCCCACCCCCACAUCGACCUCGCCAUCGACGGCGCCGACGAGGUCGACCCCAACCUCGACCUCGUCAAGGGCCGCGGCGGCGCCCUCCUCCGCGAGAAGAUGGUCGAGGCCGCCGCCGCCGAGUUCGUCGUCGUCGUCGACGACUCUAAAUUGGUAACGGGGCUAGGUGGCUCGGGCCUCGCCAUGCCCGUCGAGGUGGUGCAGUUCUGCUGGAAUUACAACCUGGUGAGGCUGCAGGAGCUGUUCAAGGAGGAGGGGUGCGAGGCCAAGCUCCGAUUGGACGGCGGAGGGAAGCCCUACGUCACGGAUAACUCGAAUUACAUUGUGGAUUUGUAUUUCAAGACUCCGAUUAGGGAUUCCGGCGCCGCGGGGAGGGAGAUCGCCGCGUUCGAAGGGGUGGUGGAUCACGGAUUGUUCUUGGAUAUGGCCACCGCUGUCAUCAUCGCCGGUGGGAGUGGAAUCACCGUCAAGACCAAGUGAUGAUGAUUUGGUAACAAUUUGGGGAUUUUUUAUGAUUGACUUAGUUUUCUUCGACUUUUUUGUCACUACAUUGUUGUGCAUUGCUUUUGGUGCAAGUGAAUCUCACCAUCUCAAAUAAAUGGAGAAAAUUAAAUAAAUGGAGAAAUUUGUACUA